UUGACGACAAAUCCCUCGAAGAACAGCUACAAAAAGCAACGCAUGUCGCUUAUAAAGCUUAUCAGUCGGUGUGAGCUUGAGAUAACAUUCACGUUGAUUAAUGAUUUGAAACAUCGCUAAUCAUUGAAUUUAUCUCAUCUAACGCAGUUCAGUGAACGAGUUCGCUAUUAGAGAAAAGAUAAUAUUGAUCUAGUGCGAUUAAGAGGACAAUAUACAAUUGAUACUGAGUGACUUUGUUCGGAUACUGUGAAUCAUGUUUAUAACCCUAUUUUUGAUCGCUGGAGAAUAAGGGAGUCCAUCCGAUGAUGUCCAAGUGCCAUUUCACCACUAACGAAGAGAUGCAAACCGAUGUGUUACUAGACUCUAACUACAGAACGCCGGAAAGUCCUCUGGAUCUUCGAGGGAACGCUGACGUGCAAGAUAACAGUAGAGACAGCAGCAAAUUCCAAAAGGUGAAGCCUAAGAAGUCCGGUCAUCAGUUGAUCAAGCCUCCUUAUUCCUAUAUAGCCUUGAUUACUAUGGCUAUUCUUCAGUCGCCACAGAAAAAGCUGACCCUGAGUGGUAUUUGUGAGUUUAUUAUGACACGAUUUCAGUAUUAUAGAGAAAAAUUUCCUGCUUGGCAGAAUUCCAUAAGACAUAAUUUGUCGUUGAAUGAUUGCUUCAUUAAAAUCCCGAGAGAACCUGGUAAUCCCGGUAAAGGAAAUUAUUGGACUUUGGACCCGAUGGCCGAAGAUAUGUUCGAUAACGGUAGCUUCCUCCGCAGAAGAAAAAGGUACAAAAGGCCAUCACCCAACGUCAUUCUUCGUGACCAUCAUGCGUCGGCAAUGGUAGCUUCUUUCUUGUCGCAAGAAAACUACCAUAACUCUUUGUUUUCAUCACAUGGCAUUCCGAAUCCGUAUUCAUACCUUCCAGGCUUGCCUUCAAGUUUGCCGAACAACUUACCACUGCUUCCUCCUAUGGAUCUUUCCAGAUUAGGUCUCGGUCCGCUCGGGAUUUUGCCCCAACCGACACUGUGCAAACCUGUGCCUGUCCAGCCCAGUAUGACUCCAGUUUCGGACACAGAUGAGUAUUUGAGCAACGAAAUGACCAAAAAAAGUCGAAAUGGUUUCUCCAUAGAAUCCAUCAUAGGAUCCGAACAUUGUGGUGAUAAAAAUCAGAACCUCAUUAAAAUAAAAUCUGAAAAUUCCGAUCUGAAACUCUCAAGAAUCCACAAUCAAAUUUCAGCUUUUGCUCCUUUAACAUCGGCCGAGGAUUGGAUGAGGUGAAAAUUUCAAUGAAUUUUGCUAGUGAUAAUAAAUAUAAGGUGUGCAAAUUAUGACCAAAGAAUUUUGCAAUGCGUGUUAUUAAGAUGCAAUAUAUAAUUAGUACUGUUCGAAUAGUGAAAUGAACUUCAUUUGCAAUAAUUCAUCAAUAUUAUCAUACAUAUCCCAUCUGAUCAAAUACCUUAAUUUGAAGAAGACGGAUAAUUUCUAAGAAUGUUAAUUGAACAGUUAUGAAUGCUUGAAUAAUUGAUUAUGAUUUAAAUCUUUAAUUCGAAUGAGAGAUUCUGAUGUAUUCCUAUUUUCAAUUAGAUAAGAAUCUUUAACUUUUCAACUAGAGGUCUGAUAAGAUAAAUGAAAAAUUUAUAUCCGAAUUGUGCAUGAAUUUUUUGUCUGGAAAGAAAUAUUUAUUGUAAUCAUUGUGUAACUUAUAUAUCCUCAUCCUCAAUUGAACUUGAAGAUGUUUUAAAUAUUGUGAAUAUAAACUUAGAUAAAUU